AUGUCAUAUAAUUAUAUUGUGUAAAAAUCUUAUAUCAAUAAAGUAUAUAAAUAAUUUAUAAAAAUAGUGUAAAAACAGUAUAAAUUUUACUUUAAAAAAUGAUAAUUAAAAUUAGAAAUUUCAAUAGAGAGUCGGUAAAAUUAGAAUGCCAUUAUAGAAAUGUGAAGGGUUGGAGACAAAAAUUUGUUAGAAGGAAUGA